CCUCAAACACAUAGUGUUAUCCCGCGUAGCGCGCAAGAAAAACCGCCGUCACACAUCAUGAAGUUCUUCAUUGUAUUGUUCGCCGUUGUAGCGGCCGCAAGCGCCGGACUUAUUGGAUAUCAUGAACCAGAGGUUCACCAUGCGCACUUCAUUCCCCAACAACCCGCCAUUCCGCCUCCGCACCCAUCGCCUCUGCACAUCAAGGGGCACGCGCAUGUAAGCAGAAUACAUUAUGACGCUCCUCAUAUUCCGCAUCCGCAUCUCGUCGGCGUCGAGCACUACGCACCCGCUCCGGAACCCCAAAUCGCCGUCGUCAAGACUGGACACGGUCACGGAUGGGACUAAAAACAUACCCCCGCCCGACGAUACUCACCGAACUCAUUAGAGUGGUCCAGAGUGGUCCAAAGCAAUCAUUCCAAAAGAUCAUUUAAUCGUUAAUUAACGACAACGAAUUAUUUUUUUUUUUUACCAACGAUAUGUAUAUUUUUCCAUCGAAAGACUGCGGUGACUCCAAACGCAAGUGGAACGAGAGGAUCACCAGAAAUGAUCAGGAUCAGCUUCUUCAAUAAAUUUAAAAAUUUGUUUUCUUAAAAACAAAAGAACGAAAUCUUGGGCCGCUUGUGGAUCGCAGACCAGGCAGUGAAACUUACAAAAAAAGAAAUUGUCUCGAUUUUAAUUUAUAAGAGCGCUAUAUACAACACGUCACACACAUAACAUACCGACAUGACACUCGCGUCUUUAUAUAUCUGUUUCUUCAUUUUCUCUGCUGUCUCAGCACUCAAAUUCUCGUGCGGCAAUUGUGACAUUGAAGAAGACAUCAAAGAGAGAGCGUUUUUCUCUUCCCUCUUCCCUUCGCAGCAGCAUGUAUCUUUAUUUAUUUUCUAAUAAAAGUUGACUUUGUGAUAAACCAGGAA